CUUUUUGGCUGCUGCACGCCCAUCUUUGCCUGCUGCUGCUGCUACUGGUGGUUGCUUCCUGCGGCGGUCGAGUGCGAGUGUCGCUAGUCCGAGUCUGGAGAGUCCGUGGUUCCCCAAGCCCAUUUCCGGGAGCCCUGCGUCAGCCGCCAUACAAAUGCGCCCCGACCUGCCUGCAAGCGCCUCUUCUCCCUUCGAGCUUUUUUUUCCUGCUUCUUCUUCUUACUUACUCCCUCAUUUUUGUCCUUCCUCGAACCCUCUAGCCAUUGUUUGCUUUGUUUCCUAGCGCUGCGUUUCUGGUGCUCACCCCUCUCUCCAUCGCUUCCACUCCGGACCCCCAAACGACAAAGAUGGCCGCUGCCGAGAACAAGACCGUCGUCAUCCUGGGCGGCGCCUACGCCGGCCUCCACGUUGCCCACUAUGUGCUGAAGAACCACAAGACCGCCAAGGUCAUCCUCGUUUCCAAGAACAGCCACUUCUACUGGAACAUGGCCUCGAUCCGCGCCAUCGUUCCCGGCCAGGUCAAGGAGGAGCGGAUAUUGCAGCCCCUGUCGGCCGCGCUGUCGCGGUACCCGGCCGAGCGCUGGGAGCUCGUGGUCGGCAGCGCCGAGGCGUCCGACUUUGCCGCCAAGACGGUCACCGUGGCCGUCGCCUCUACUGAGAACGCCGACGCCGUCUCGCGCACCCUGACCUACGACCAGCUCGUCCUGGCCACGGGCGCCCGCUGCGCCGGCGACGCCAACGCCGUGACGUGGAAGGCGUCCGGGACGUACGAGGAGCUCGCCGCGACGCUGCGGGCGACCGCGGACCGCGUGGCCGCCGCCUCGCACAUAGUCGUCGCCGGCGGCGGCUCCACGGGCGUCGAGGUCGCGGCCGAGCUCGGGUUCGAGUUCGGCAAGACCAAGGAGAUCGUGCUCGUCACGGGCGACAAGCAGCUGCUGGGCGGGGACUCGGUCGCCGGGUCCGCCGCGGCCGAGCUGGCCAAGCUGGGCGUCAAGGUCCGCACCGAGGCGCGCGUGGCGUCGGUCAGGCAGCUCGAGGGUGGUGGCGAGGGCGAGGGUGCCGCCGCCGCCGCCGCUGGCAAGACCGAGGUUGCGCUCGAGGGCGCCGAGCCCAUCCUGACGGACCUGUACCUGCCCACCAUGGGCCUGGUGCCCAACUCGGAGUUUGUCGACGCCAAGCACCUUGACGACAGGAAGUGCGUCGUCGUCGACGACUUUUACGCCGUCAAGGACGCCGAGGGCGUGUGGGCCGCCGGAGACAUUGUGUCCAAGCCCCGCGCCGGCUUCAUGAUCGCACAGAAGCAGGCUGCCGGCCUCGCCAAGAACCUCGUCGCCGCCCUCGACGGCAAGGCGCCUGCCGUCGUCAAGCUCAUGCCCAUGGACAUCUUCGCCCUGGCCACCGGUCGCAGCAGGGGCGUCGGUAGGAUGGGCCCCAUCAAGAUGCUCUCCUUCAUGGUCUGGAUGGCCAAGGGCCGCACGCUCGGCGUGGAGAGGCUCAAGGGCUACAUGGACGGAAGCGUCGCCUAAAGGCGGGGGAAUUGCCUGGUCGUUUUCUUUUCUUUUUUUUUUUUCGUUUUUUUCACCCCGAGCCGUCGUUGUGCUUUGUCGUUUUGGUGGUUAUGGGCAAGGUUGCGUGAGACCCCCCAAAUUAUUGGCAUGUAUAAUGAGGAAGCAGUCGGAGGAGAUGGAAUUAUCAUAUACCCUAAUACUCGCCAUCAAGCACGGCUGUCAUCCACAGAAUUCAAUAUGUAGUUGAACGAAAACAUCUUUGUUUGAACAG